GUCAGCAGAACCUGCAUCAUUCGGCGUCUGAUCCCCAUCCGUCCACCUUCUCCGAAUUUCAGUCGCAGCUGCGCAGCCAACUGAAGCUCGGGGAGCGAUGGCGAUGGCUACCCAUGUUGCGCUCUUGCUCGUAUCGGCUCUAGCGUUGGUGACUUCGGUGCAGUCUGGGUAUGCUGGCAGCGACUGGAUCAGCGGCGUUGCUCAUGCGACGUUCUACGGUGGCGUGGACGCACAGGGAACUCAAGGUGGAGCUUGCGGUUACGGAAACCUCUACUCAACCGGAUAUGGCACCAGUACCACCGCACUCAGUAGUGCUUUGUUUAAUGCGGGCCUUAGCUGCGGAGCCUGCUUCGAACUCAAGUGCGACAGCGCCAACUCCAAGUACUGUCUUCCAGGGGACAAGUCCAUCACAGUUACAGCAACGAACUACUGUCCUCAGGGCUCAGAUGGCGGGUGGUGCGAUUCCCCGAAGCAGCACUUCGACCUCUCGCACCCCAUGUUCACCAGCCUUGCUCAAGAGGUUGGGGGUGUCAUUCCCGUCACGUAUCGGAGAGCUCCUUGCGCAAAGAAAGGCGGCAUGAGGUUCACAAUUAACGGCAACCCAUGGUUCGUGAUGAUACUAGUCACCAAUUGCGGUGGUGCAGGAGAUGUGCAGCAACUUCAGAUCAGGGGCAGCGACACCCCGUGGUACCCUUGCGUCCGCAACUGGGGACAGAUGUGGCAGAUGACCUCGGACCCAAAUCUGCCUGGGAAGGCACUCUCCUUCAGAGCUACCCUGAGUGACGGCAGCGUGGCCGAGUCUCUGAACGCCGCGCCCUCCAACUGGGGCUGGGGUCAAACGUUCGAGGGCGUCGCUACCUACUAGAUUUAAUUCUCCACAGGUCCCUUCCAGCAUUGCCGCAUUUUAACUCACUAAAUGAUUAAGCACAAAUGCUUACUGUGGUGGUCUGUUCAAGCUAGGUCGCCGAGGUGGUUUUAGGCCGCUCGCUGGAAAUCCCACCACCCGCUCCUGGUCCACUUGUAAUAUUCUAGCUAUGUAGUAGACGCCAGCGCACAAUAUUGCGCUCGCUCGUGCAGAUUCUUCUAGCAAUGCAGCUAGGACAUGUAAACGAGAGUGCAGAGGAGAGACUCACGAUCUCGUAUGCUUUCACCCGCACUCGGUUCGGCCCAAAUACGAGCUCACAGUGUACAAGCGCACUGUUCAGAGUGUUUCUAAUUUUUUUCACGAUUUUGAGGACUAAUAGAACAUAUUGUUUAAGUUAUCUCAGCCAA